GAUAAAAAAAAAAAAAAGAAGAGACGAAGAGACUUCCUUCCAAGCUUGACUCGGCCGCAUGUUGCAUAUUUGUUAACUAAAAUCUAAAUAGUUUUUUUAAUAAAUAAAUUUUUUACUUAAAAAUUAAGUUUAAAAAAUGGGUGGUGAUGAAGGUACGGGUGUAACAACUGGCCAGCCAAAUCUUUGCAAGCAAGAUUUGUCGAAAUUGGACAAAACAAAAAUAACAGCAACGUCUAAAGAAGUCAUCAGUAGACAGGCAACAAUUAACAUUGGUACUAUUGGUCAUGUAGCUCACGGUAAAUCAACCACCGUCAAAGCACUAUCUAAUGUACAAACUGUACGUUUCAAGAAUGAACUCGAGCGUAACAUAACAAUUAAACUUGACGCUCGUGCGACGGAGACAACAACUGGAGAAUUGGCCGAUGUACCAGGUGAUGACACGAGCGAAAUGCCAGGAAUAUGUGAAAAACGUACAAGAUCAUCAUUAGAUAAUCAACCACCUCCAUCAAAACGUACCAAGCAAAAUGAUGAGACAUCAUCAACACUAGAAAAUGAUAAUGAUAAUAACAAUAAUAAUGAUGAUAUUGAUUUGAUAAAAAAAUAUAAUGUCAAAGAAUUACAAAUACCACUUGAAGAUAUUUGUAAAAAUGGCUAUUACCAAAAAAUAAUAUUAAAUAAUAAUAAUAAUAAUGAUAAUAAAGGAACAAAUGAAUUUGAAGUUGAUAGAAUAGUUGAUAAAAAAAUUAAAGACAAUGGUGAAUGGUAUUUAGUUAAAUGGAAAAAUUGGAGUAAUAAUUAUAAUACAUGGGAGCCGAAAAUUAAUCUAGUCAAUUGUAUUGAAAUAAUUGAUACAUAUGAAUAUGAUAGACAACAAUUAUUGGAAAAAUUUCAAAAAAUUGAAAAUUUUAAUCCAACAAUUGAAGAUUUAGAAUUACAUAUGUCUGAAUUACGUCUUCGUAAAAAAUCAUAUGAUGGUAUUAAUACGAUUGACAUAAAUUUAUUUAAAUAUCUUGAUAAUUAUUUUAAUUCAAAAAUAAUAAAUAAUGAUAAAAUUAUGAAAAAAAUAAAAUUUGGUAUUAUAAAUACAAUGUUUUGUUCAAAAAGACGUGAUCAAUUAGAUGCAUUACAUGAAUGGGAAAUACAAAUAAAUAAUAUAACAAAUGGUAAACCAAUAAUAUCUGUUGAAAAUAAUAUUGAUCUUGAAUCAACAUCAUCAGAAUUUUUUUAUAUUGAUGAUUAUUUACCUGGUACUGGUGUUACAAUACCAGAUGAUCCACCAAUUGGUUGUGAUUGUAUAACAUGUGAUGCUAAAGCUAAAUGUUGUUAUGCACAAUAUGAAGAUACAUGUGGUUUUCCAUAUACAACUGGUUGUCGUGUCAGAGUACCACCUGGUACACCAAUAUAUGAAUGUAAUAAACGUUGUAAAUGUCCACCAGAUUGUAAAAAUCGUGUUGUACAACGUGGCUCAACUGUUAGUUUAUGUAUAUUUAGAACAUCAAAUGGUCGUGGUUGGGGUGUUAAAACAAUUAAAUUUAUAAAAAAAGGAACAUUUAUAACACAAUAUGUUGGUGAAGUUAUUACAAAUGAAGAAGCUGAAAGACGUGGAAAAGAAUAUGAUGCUGCUGGACGUACUUAUUUAUUUGAUCUUGAUUAUAAUGAAGUUGGUGAACAAUGUCCAUAUACUGUUGAUGCAGCAACAUAUGGAAAUAUAUCACAUUUUAUAAAUCAUUCAUGUGAACCAAAUUCAGCUGUUUAUGGAGUUUGGAUUGAUUGUUUAGAUCCAAAUUUACCAAAAUUAGCUCUAUUUGCAACUCGUGAUAUAUAUAGAAAUGAAGAAAUAACAUUUGAUUAUAUGCGUCAAAGCACUAAAAUAUCAGAAAAAAAAUAUAGCCCAGUUAAUAAUUUAAAUUUAUCAAUUGAUUCAAGACAAAGACUUGAAUUACCUGAUUUUGAUGAUAAUAAUCAUGUUGAUACAGACAAUAAAACAAGAUGCAAAUGUGGCGCUAAAUGUUGUAGGCAAUAUCUUUUUUAAACAAACACAAACAAACAAAAAAAAAAGACAUUGAAAUUAAACAA